UAUGUCGUUAAUGAUGGUUUGUUCUUGUCACGUGAUUAAGGUCAAAGGAAGCACAUUCAGAAUCAGCAAGGACGGAACAUGGCAGCAGCAGCAGCAGGAGGCAAAAAGGUUUUUGAAGCGUUUGUGUCUAAAGUCCCGUGGACGAUUGCAACGAAGGAGAUCAGGGAGUACUUUGGGCAGUUUGGCCAGGUGAAGAAAUGUCUCUUGCCCUUUGAUAAAGAGACAGGAUUUCAUCGGGGGUUUUGCUGGAUCGGGUUCAAUACAGAAGAGGGACUUCAGAAUGCACUACAGAAAGAUCCCCACAUUAUUGAGGGAGCAAAGCUCCAGGUUCAAAGAAACAGAAAGGCAUUUAUUGGAAGAAAAUCAAACAAGGAAGCAGAAGAAAGCUGAAAAUGCCUGACCCCUUUUUU